AGCGAGUGACCGAUGUAUUUUGGUGCGAGGUCGCGAGCCGUGCGACGUCACCGCGUUCGUCCCUGGUAGGUCACAAGGGCAGGGUGACUACUACUCACCAAGUGAUAAAAAGUCGCGCUUCAACCCUUCUUCAUAACAUUUACCAACAACUCGCUCAUCCAGACAACUACCAAGUUCUUGCUCAAUUGUUCAACCAUAGCUCGGAUAGUCACUAUCCUUUAUUUCUCUAUUUGUUGAGGUGAACUUGGUGACACAAAUUCAGUUUUUGUCUGGAAUUGAAAUAAGUGUUCUUUCUGUCAAGGAAAGGAACAUAAACUACCGAAGCUGACAUCUAUUUUAAAGCAUAUUCACCAAAUUUGACAAGAAAAAAUCUUCAGAAGAUUAUUGCUCGAAAAGUGAUGGAAUCUAAGGAGGUCAUCGAAGUUAAAAUGACAAAGCCAGAGAAAUCCGACUCAUUUGAAGUCAUCACUCCAGUUAAACCAGAGAAGAUGAAGAAAUCAGCUCUAGACGUUUCUAACAUGGUCGGCCCAUCUCGGCCUAAGAGCGCAAAGACAAGCGAUGCUAGCCACCCCGAGGCGGGAGGCAAGCCGCUCGAUCUCACCUACUCCGCCAUCGUGAGCGCUUCUCAGUUGAAAAGCGUGUAUCCGUACUCGGCGAUGCUUCCCGCUGCCGCCGCCGCCGCCGCCGUAACGGGUUACUCAUACACCGAGCCGACACUGGCUGCGUCAGCCAUGGCAUCGUACGCAGGCUACCCUGCCCUAAUGAACUACCCCGUCGCUGAAAACUCUGGCUCGACGCAGUCGCUCUCUAGUCUCCGACUUUCGGCGCUGCUCGCAUCUCGUCGACGUCGAGCUGGACACGUCGUGGACCUGCAGCCCGAAGAGCCAUCGAGAAAGAAAGUCAAACCCGUUCCAGAUGAAAAGAAAGACAUCGCGUACUGGGAGAGAAGGAGGAAGAACAACGAUGCAGCGAAGAGAUCAAGAGAUGCGAGGAGAAUGAAGGAGGAAGAGAUCGCAAUCAGAGCAGUUUAUCUUGAACAGGACAACAUGAAACUUCGAGCAGAGGUCUCUAUCCUCAAGAGUGAACUUGCCAGGUUGCAUUACAUGGUAUACAACUGCUGAUGAUUUGUACAGAGGACAAAAUAGAGACUAGAGAAAGAGCCGGUUGUUUGAAACAACCCUGCUCAUGAGUUGAAGCAUGUACAGAAAUAUUCAACUAAAUGAGCAAACAACUAAUGAUAUUAGAAAAAAAUGCUGCCUGUUGUCGAAAAGUUGACAUUGUUAACUGAUUGCUGAGUAUUACAACUAACUGUCUCGGAGAGACUUUAUUUAAGUACUUGUCGGUCAUUCUUUGCGCUGAAAUAACGGAUCUGGGUGUCCUGUCGACUUGCCAUCUUCAUUAUUUAAUCUUCAUUCCUCGGAAGCA